ACCAGAGCACUGAGGCAACUCGGCUCCUCUCUUCUCCCUCUCCAGUUGCAACAACUGAGUUCUCCAACGCUAAUUUCUGCGCGCACAGAAUUAGCGUGAGCAGGCCUCCGAAACCUUGCUCGCCUUGAGAUCCAUCCUGCACGGGAUAGGCGGGCAAUCAGGUUUUUGGGUAACGCUUUAGCGUGACUGCUCAAAAAUACUAAGGCUUUGCCCGAUUGUACGACUACUUCCUGGUGGACGAGCCGAACGACUACGUCGACUACAUUCUGGUGGCCGAACAACUACGUCGACUACAUCUUGGUGACCGUUCGCGGGACUGCACUGCGAACUUCUUCCUGCACCGAUUUAGUUCGACUACUUCGACUGAGGCCAACCGAGUAGAUGUCUACUCCAGUUGGUAACAGCGCAGCCAAUGCCUCCGGCAACGGCCCCGCUUCAGGGUACUCCCUGAAACUUUGGUUAUUUAUAUUGUUUAUGCUUAUAUGUGUGAUAAGUAUAAACAUGUUCACAUGUUUUAUUUUACUCCUUAAAAUCAUAGAAAUAUUGUUAGUUUAUACAUUUAAUUUUGGAAUUAAAAUAUAACGAAAAUUGUCUAGAUAUCUAACACCACCAACGUACCCUAUGGUAGCUGCAACCAUGGACAAGGAUCCACCGACGACUGCAUGCGCCACACCACCCUUGCUCUAUUUAUAGACCAACAUUCCCUUGCACUCCCUCCUCACCAGCACUUGCUUGUCAUUCCCAAGCAAACGCAUUCAUCCAGCACCGGCCGCACUCAGCUCGUCAAGCUAAGUUCACAUUCACGCACAAUCCAAGCAAUGGCUCGCGCUCAUCAGGUGGUGGCUAUCGCCGUGGUUGCCGCCGUCGUGGUGCUCGCCGCCGCGGCGACCACCACCGAGGCCGCCGUGACCUGCGGGCAGGUGAGCUCGGCCAUCGGCCCCUGCAUCGCCUACGCCCGCGGCACCGGCUCCGGCCCCUCGGCAGCCUGCUGCAGCGGCGUGAGGAGCCUCAACUCGGCGGCCAGGAGCACCGCCGACAGGCGCGCCGCAUGCAACUGCCUCAAGUCCGCCGCCGGCAGGGUGAGUGGCCUCAAACUUGGAAACGCCGCAAGCAUCCCGUCCAAGUGCGGAGUCAGCAUCCCCUACACCAUCAGCCCAAACGUCGACUGCUCCAGGGUGAGCUAAACGACGACCAGUACCGUCGCUACCUAUCUACUUAAUUAUCGUCUAUGAUCGAGUUCGAUGAUGAUGAAUAAAAAUCUCUCCGCCGUCGCGUGCACUGUCGUCAUGCGCUAGCUCAGCUCGCGUGGUACGUCGUCGCUCAGCAUGUGAUGAGCGAUCGAGAGACGGAGUCCUCUCCGAUCCUUGUGUCCUUUUGCAUGCUUCGUACGUUUUGUGUCUGCAUCUACAUAGUAGUGUGCCCUCCAUUUCCGUUUGGAGGAGACCCACUCUGUACCUUGUCCACUAUACCUUUUAAUACAUCAUACACCACUUUUUUGUACGCUCCA